CUUAUCUACAGACACUUCACUAAUCGACAUGUCAUAAUCGUACAUAGAAUAAAUGAAGAAUUUACUGCAGAGUGAGAUAUGGAGAGUCUACACAGACCUGGGAACAAAUUAUUCAAGGCUAUUGGUGAAAAAGAUUGGAAAGCAGCAAGAAUCAUUUGUGAAAAGGAAGAACAUCUUAUUAACACUGUGAAUCAGAACGGCGACACGGCAUUAAUUUGGGCUGCAAGAUGGCGCGACGCACCCAUUGAUGUAAUGGAGAGUAUGCUAAAAAAGGCCACAGAAGAAAAUAUAGAUCACCAGAACAAGUAUGGAAAGACGCCUCUUGAUCUGUACGAUAAAAAUGCAUGUAGUGAAUACGAUAAAUUCUCCAAAGGAGACAACAAGUUAAAUAUGAGACAAUCACUUGAAGAUCGGGCUGUUCCAUCAGAGAUAUUAGCUAGGGGUGGUGACGCCCUAAAGGCUUACAAUGAUGCAAAAGAAAAUGGUACAAUGACUGUUGUUAAUUCAAGAAUAAAGUUCCUUGGGAAAGAAGGGUCAGGAAAGACUUGCUGUAUAAAAGCCAUGCUUGGGAAAGAAUUUAAUCAGAAAGAGCCGCCAACUGAUGGUAUUGUUAAAAUUAUCGUCUUCCAAACUGUUGGCAGCGAUUGGAGUAAAUGGGAGGAGCAGGAAAAUAUAGACGUGUGUGGACGAACCAAGCAGGUACUUGAUGACGCUAUCAUCGCAAGAACUGCAGAGGAGCUGUUAAAAACACAACAUAACAGGUCGUCUUAUGGAGUUGUAUUCAAUUUGCUAGACGAUCUGGAUGCACUUAUAAAACUAAGAGGCUUCAAGAAAGUACCAUUGAUGAAGAGUUGUUGGCGAAAAUUCGAUGAAGAAGGAAUUCUUUCGGAACAGCUAGUGCGUCAUUUAUGGCGGAAUGAACUUGGUGCAAUUGAGGAAGAUAAUAACGUCAUCUUUGGAAACUUUAUUGAACUAAUGAAGACAUUUGGCCUCAUGUUUGAAAAGGAAUCUCACGAAAGUGAGAGACUGUUUAUAGUUCCGUCUCGGAUGAAACACAAAAUAGACAACUUGGAAAUUAAGAAAGACGAAAAGCAGACAGUAUCGGUGUACGUGACUCCCGUAGACUUUUUGCCUGAUGCUGUCUACAGUGUUUUGGUAGUCAGAUUUCUUGAUCUAAGUCAGGACAAAGCAUGUAUUGGCGACCGGGAAUUGUUUCAGAAUCAGGCUAAAAUUGGAUUCGACAAUAUGCAUUACCUAAAAUUGGGGGUUGUAUGCACAGAAAAUAAACGAUUAUUGAAGUUGGAAAUAACACGUAGGACAGUGUUAGACGAAAAUGGGAGAAAGCAACCAACAAAAAAACCGCAACCCAUCGCUUGUAUGGAGAUUUGA